AUGUCUCACCAAUGGAACAAUGCAAGAGCAUCUUUUGAUCUUAGAAGCCAAUACCAGCAACUGGAAGGCAGGAUGAGCUCAGACCACUCUAAUGUUGCUUAUCAACAGCAGCACCAACAAGAACAGAACAUGCCUCUGUCAUUGCCCUCGUCCCUCACUCAACGCAACUCGAUACCCUAUCCUAUCGACGCCAUCACUUCUGAUCCCACUAUCCAGGCACAUUUGAGUGCAUACGAUCAGGAUCGGCAACACUCGGUGACCGAUGCUGCGGCUGGCACCAAUAUGAUGUACUCUCCUAACUCUAAUAAUAUUCCCCCCUCUAAAACUAAUAAUAUUAAUCAUAACGACGUCAGCAACAUGGGUUCAUUGGCUGACACCUCUAUUUUGACCAUGCCGAGAAUGUCGCUUCGUAGCCACCAGAAACAGUACAAUUCUAACCAAAACGAUCCCAGGUCGCCCCUGGUCAUACUGAUACCAGCUUCAGCCCAACCCACUGACGUACUGUCUGCCAGAUUCUCUGCCUGGAGACAAGUUAUCCGUGCUAUUUUGAUAUAUCUCUCUGAAACCGCCUCCAUACAGGACGAAAUAGUCAGACAGCAACUGAGAUUGUCUCAUGCUGUCCAGUUCCCUUUUUUCAGCAUUGAAAACCAAUACCAGCCAACCUCCAAUGAGGACAAGUCCAUACAGAGAAAUUUUCUACCACUGGGCAAUGGAUCCAUUCAAGAUUUGCCUACAAUGUUGACCAAAUAUCAUGAGAGUCUAGCCUCCUUAGCAUUGAAAAGUUCUAAAGAGUUAACUAGUGAAAUCAUCCCAAGGCUAGAGGAUUUGAGAAGAGACUUGUUGGUGAAGAUUAAAGAGAUAAAAGCUUUGCAAUCGGAUUUCAGAAAUUCCUGUGGUAAGGAAUUGCAGCAGACUAAAAAUUUGAUGAAGAUUUUCAAUGAAUCUUUGAAAGACUGUAAAUUUGGUACACCGAAAAGUGAUCCUUUUCUGGUGAAGCUGCAAUUGGAAAAGCAAAUAAAGAGGCAGUUGGUUGAGGAGAACUACUUACAUGAAGCGUUCGACAACCUACAAAAUUCAGGGGCUCAAUUGGAGAACGUUGUCGUGAUGGAAAUACAGAACGGAUUGAGCAGCUAUGCAAGAAUAAUUGGUAAAGAAGCUCAACUGGUGUUUGACUUGGUAAUCUCCAAGCUAGACUCCACGAUCUUGAACGAGAAUGUAAAUUUUGAAUGGGAUAGUUUCAUUCAGAGAAACAUUUCGAGUUUUGUACCACCAAAUUUACCGAAGAGGAAAUUCAAAGAUAUCUCAUACAGCAAUCAAAACGAUCCCUUUACCAUGGGAGUCAAAUCCGGAUUCUUGGAGAAAAGAUCAAAAUUUUUGAAAUCGUAUUCGCGUGGCUAUUAUGUCCUUACUCCAAGCUUUUUACAUGAAUUUAAGACACCAGAUAAGCACAAGUUUUCUGUCCCUCUAAUGUCAAUACCUCUAGUAGAAUGUACCGUCACGGAGCACUCCAAAAAGACAAAAUCGAACUCCGAGCAAGGCAACAACAAGUUCAUACUUCGUACUAAUUCUAAUGGACUGAUACAUAGGGGCCAUAACUGGGUGUUUAAAGUUGAUUCUUAUGACGAUAUGAUAGAAUGGUUUGACAAUAUCAACGCUUUAUCAAGUUUACCCAACUAUGACGACAAAUGUAAAUUUGUGAAUAAGGUUACUAAACAAUCUAAAGCUAAAGCCAAGAACGACGAGAAAUCUGUGCAGAGUGGAGCCGCUCAGACAACGGAUGACCAACAUACGAAGUCUGAUGAUAUGAGUAGUAGCAAUUUACCCAUGAAUUUCAUCCCAAAAUUAGACAAUUUGACAAUCACCAAUACCACUUCGUCGGUACCAGAGACUUUCAAUUCUCAAAUUCAGAAUAGACUUCCUGAAUUUUACAUUGAGAAUGUCGAUUAUCCAAGGAAAAGUAAUCCUCUGUGA